AUGGGAGAUAGAGUUCGUCUUAUUGAAUAUUAUUUACUGGGUUUCCAUCUAGCAAAUCAUGAAGCAAAUCAGAAGGAAAUCGAAGUGAUGGUGCGAGCAAGUGGAAACCAAGCGUUGCUUAGCAUGCUGCAGAAAUUGAGUGAUGGUGACUUUAUCGGCGUGAUAGAUUUGGUUAACUCAGCCAAUAUACUAGGAGAAGAUAUUAGCAAUGUCUUAUUCUUGAAAGACGCUACGGCACAAGAUCUCAUCCAAGAUAAAGUAUCCUCCUAUUUAUCGUCAACUGUAGAUGAAGAUCAGUCGAAUGAUAGAAUAGCUUCUGACGCAUUGCCUAGAGUACAAGAACUAAAUUCAUGUGCUCAAAAAUUGCUCAGCUGCGAUGAAGAACCUCCUUACCCUUUGGCUGAUUUCUACGGUCUCUUAUGGAUCUCUCGAUUAUUAUUAUUUAAUUGCCGAAAUCAAUUGAGCUGCCUAAAGACAGCUCCAAUAUGGUGCAUAAGAUGUCUUUAUGCCCAUCAGCAAUUAUUUAACGAUACCAUUCCAGAUCUCAUGCAAGCGAUUUUCGCACAGAUUGACAUAGUUACCGAAGGUCUUUUGCAAGAGGAAGAUUUUCCAUCGCUACUUUGCUGUCAAGUCUACGUGGAAUUUUCUCACUUGAAACGGUGUUACUGUGGUUAUUUUCAAGCUAAGAAAUUGCUUCGAAAAGCUGAGUCUGUGAUCGGCUUAAAGUUGGAGCUAGCAGGUCGAUUAGGAAAACGUACUCGUUUUCAGGAAAAAAAAUUGGCUCAACUUACCGCUUCAAUCAAGUGCGAAACGCUGAAAGAUAAUCGGAUAAGUAUAGAAGAAUUUUCGAAAUUGGAAACUGCUGCCCUUCCGAAAGAUGUUACAUUGGAUGAUGAUACCGUAAUGCAUCGCAUUAAAUUUUCGGACAAUCAAGGAGACAUUCCUGUUUUAUUGCCUAUAGAGGAAAUAGUAAUACUAGCCAAUGGAUAUGCGCGCAAGCGAUCAUGGUAA